GGGAGCUGAAUUGAUCUCCCUAGUUCCGUCUCUCUUCUUUUCCAGUCUCCGCCUCAAUUCGACUUCGAGCGUCUCCACCAAGCCUUCAGUAUGGCUGCAACAUGGACCGACAUGUGUCCUCCCUCGCCUCAAUUCACAGAGGCCAACAUGAGCGACCAAUUUGGCCGCGUCUUUCUCGUCACGGGCGGUACCUCAGGGAUCGGUUACGAAACAGCAAAGACUCUCUAUCACCUCAACGGCACGAUCUACAUCACAUCUCGCUCCGAAUCCUCAGCUCUAAAAGCCGUCGAAUCUAUCAAGUCCUCGCUUCCUCAUUCGUCACAAGUCAUAAAGCCCGGACGAGGAUCAAUAUCCUACCUCCAACUCAAUCCUUCCGAUCUUCGCAGCAUCAAAUCUUCUGCUAACGAGCUUCUGAAGAAAGAAAAAAGACUGGACGUCAUAAUCCACAACGCGGACGUCAUGCUACCCGCAGACCCGAAACAGAAAACAGAACAAGGAUACCACCAACUCGGCAUCAAUGUCCUCGCGCCAUUCAUACUUCAGCACUACCUUACUCCACUCCUCCUCUCUACCGCUUCGCUUCUAGACGCAAAGGCUUUCUCAACAAGAGUCAUCUGGGUUUCUUCCUCCGGGCAUAGAGCAUCGCCAGCUCCGGACGGAGUUGCGUGGGAUAAUGUAAAUCUUGAGGGGACAGAUAAGAAAGCUAUGAAUGUCAUGCUCGCGUAUGAAUUUGCUCGGCGAUUUCAAGACAAUGGCAAUAGGAUCCUGAGUUUGAGUCUCCAUCCUGGAGCGUUGAAAACAGGUCUGCAGGGUAAUUUACCCCGGUGGUUCUACGCGAUUUUUGGGAGGCUGAGAUAUGAGACUAGAAUGGGCGCAUUGACCGAGUGUUGGGCUGCGAUUAGAGAGAUCGAUAUUGGAAAUGGCGAGGCGGGGUUGUUGGGAAAUAAAACGAGAGGAGAGAAUGGUGGCUAUGUGGUUCCAUGGGGAAGGUGGGGCGAGGGACAUGAAGGUGUGAUGAAUGGAUUGAUAGAGAAAGGCACGGGUGAAAGAUUAUGGGGUCUUUUGGAGGCAAUUCUGAUGGAGUAUAUGUGA